GUUCAGUUCAGUUCCAAUCAGAUCAGUUCGGUUCAGUUCAGCUCCAAUCAGUUCAGUUCAGUAAAUAUGAACAAGCCCUACAUUGUGAUUUUAUUGCCACUAGAUAAAUAAUUGUUGUUCAUGAUGAAAAUAAACUUGUAUUUUCUCUUUUCCACGUGUAUAUAUAAUGUCAUUGUGAUUUCUUAAUUUCUUCCAUAUCGAAUUAUCGAUUCAUGUUCUUGAUUAUCUGUGCUGAAUUUGGGUGGUUGUUCUUGGUUGAUUGUUUUGUAGUCGAUCCUUGUGGGUGUUGUGUACUUGUGUGUAGUACUUGGGUGUUACACUAAAUGCACCUUUCUAUUUUGUAUAGUCAUCUUAUAAGACUUAGCCAAAUUCCAGGUUUAAUCUCUAAGUAGUGGACAAUGGCUUCUUCCCAGUCUAAUAUUAAAAGGACCAAGAUUCCUGAACCCAACCAAGACUUAAUCAGUAAUCUGCCAUCUCAUUUGGCAGAGAAGAUCCUGAAACGCUUACCACUGUCGAUGGCAGCUAAGACGAGUGUGCUAUCACGAAAAUGGAGGCGUUAUUGGCUGUCCAUUAGGCACCUUGUCUUUGAUUAUACUUUCUGGGAAGAACAUAAAAUAAGUGGACAUUACGAUUACCAAAACAUCAGCAACAUCAUCAGUAAUAUCUUGCUUCAUCACAAUGGUCCUAUACAUGAGUUCUAUCUUUAUGUUCCACAACAUCCUCAACUCAUCAACCUUAAUCUCAGCCAGUGGUUAUCUUUUCUUUCAAGAGCCGGGAUUAGGAGAUUGAGUCUUACGAAUUUUGUCGGGUUUGGUGGCGCACCUAAAACCAUUCUGCCUUCAUGUAUUUUCGCAUGCAGUGAGCUGGUGAAAUUGAAAUUGCAUUGCUAUGAACUGAAUUACACUCCACCAAGUGACUGUAUGGGCUUUGCUCAUCUUCGGACUCUUAAGCUACUGCUUGUUAAGUUUAAACAUGGUGGAUUAUUCACAAGUUUGAUCUCAAGUUGCCCGCGACUUACUACAUUAAGCCUUGAAUAUUGCACUGGCUUUUCUGAUCUGAAAUUUGAACAUGCGUCUAUCCUUGAAAGCUUAACUAUUCAAGGUUCUUUUGUGCCGCUGGAUUUCAAAAAUGCUUCUUAUCUGAAGCGCGUUUCACUAUCUUUCUCCAGAAUGGAGUACACUUCACACAGAUAGAUUAGAAACAGUUCGCGCUAUUAAGAUUCUUGCAAUUCCACAAGUUAAGCUUGAAUACCUUCAAUUGGAUGGAACCCUCUGUAAGUUCUUGGCUGCAGGUUGUAACAACAAACUUACUCUGACAUUUAAUCACCUGCAAAAGCUUUGCCUGACAAAACUCGACUUGGAUGAUUUUAAUGUAUUUUGUUUCACAAUCAGCAUGGUUCAAAAUUGUCCCUAUAUCAAAGAUCUUGAAUUAUCAUUUACUCCGAACAAAUGCAUUCUUCAGCACAAAUUUGACUAUGACGAUAAUUAUAAGCUUGGACAACUCAUUAAGGCAAAAAUUACAGGAUUUACUGGUUCAAGUGUGGAGCUCAAAUUGAUUGAAUAUUUGCUUGGUAUCUCAGUUGUGCUGGAAAAAUUGCUGUUGAAGUGUAGUUAUCUUGACUCGACUUCAGAGCUAAAGGUGUUGCGAGAGCUAUUGCAGUUGCCAAGAGCAUCGACAAAGGCAAAAAUUGUUUAUUUGGCGCAAUAGAGGAUCUAGGAAUGACAUUAUGUGUUGAUUAAUGCGUAGUUAUUUACUUCUUUUCAUGCAAUUUCCUCAUAUGUUCUAGAGCUUGUGUUUUGCUAUCUACUACCCCGUACUGUAGUAAAAUGUUUGGGAAAAUUUUGAUAAUUGAGGAGCUUUUGUUGA